AUGGAUUACUCAGAAUCACAGAUGACCUACAAGAUAAAGUUCAUUAUGUUAGGGAAUUCUGGUGUAGGAAAGACUAGUAUCACUCAUUUAGUAGAAAACCCAGAGAAGGACUUUAUCUCAGUAGAACCCACAUUAGGUUAUGAAUUUAUCAGCAAAGUUUACCAAUGAGAGUCUGACCUUGUACAAGUUCACCUUUGGGAUACUGCUGGGCAAGAUAAAUACGCUAAUAUGUCUAAUCAGUACUUUAAAAGAGCUGCAGGAGCCUUAAUCGUCUUUGAUAUUACGAGCAAAUAAAUCCUUUGAGGGAUGUAAAGAAUGGUAUUCUUAUUUAAAAGAUUCAGGGGAGGACUCAGUAGAGAUCUUAUUGAUUGGGAACAAGGUAGACCUUGAAGAAGAAAGAGAAGUCAGCACUAAAGAAGCUCAAGAAUUUGCUCGUCAAAACUCAUUCCCUUAUAUUGAAACCAGCGUAUUGAUGAACAAGAACAUUCAGGAAGGGUUUCAGAUUUUGUUAAAUAAAAUAAUCACCAAGCUGAAGAAGUUGGAGCAUAAGUCUGCCAAUAGUUCUACUCAGCAUUAUACCAGCUUUGGGUUACAAAGAGAGGCCUAUAAUUCCUCAAUAGUAUUGAGAAAAAGAGCAGAAUUGCUAACUUCAAGAGAUAAGUCCAUGGAAUCUAAGAGUUGCAAAUGCUAA